CAAUUAUUGCGCAUGUGUCAACAUCGAUUUUUACUUAAUAAUAUAACAAUGUCACAUAGUCAUAAUUAAAAGCGUAUUCCUUGAUAUCGAUGUGAUAUUCGGAUAGGAAUACCAUAUAUUAUCGAUUGUAACAAAAAGAUAAAAAAUGGCUUUUGGAGGAGUACCUGGCGGAGUACCAGGAUUAGUUCCUGGAGGAGCUCCUGUUGUAGUACCAGGAGGAGCAUCUGGCGGAGCACUUGGAGGGGUAGCUGGCGGAGCACCUGUUGAUCCGGAGAAGAAAGAGGCAUACUAUCUCCGUCUUCAUUUACUCAUUGUAAAAGAAGGGACAGCUAUUUUAAAGGCGAGAUUUGAUCAUUCUGUGCCACCGCCACAACUCCAUGCUAAGCUGCAACAGUGUAUGAAAACAUUCAACUAUGCAAAGAAAAACAACCUUCUCAGCAAAACACAGUGGAUUAAUCUGUUUCCGCAGUAUAACCCGCCUUCUUCAGAUACAUUUGAUGUAUCACUUUUAGUUUAUCUUCUGAGGAACAUAUGUGGACUCAAGUCAAAAUCGAAUUGAUGGGGUGAAAAUGACAACAGUAAAAUACCGGAUAAGGUGGUUGAUGAGGAGGCCGACAUUGCUCGUUUAAGGAACUUGAGAAAUCAGAUGCAGCAUAAGCAGGUUGCUUCACUUGAGCAGGUGGAAUUUGAGACAAUGUGGGAUUUGGCGGAAAAGGUAAUGCUUCGACUUGCUACGAAAUGCAAUAUACCUGACCAGAAGCAGAAAAUUGAUGAUAUAAAAGACAGACAACUGGAUUUAGUUACAGAAGAAAUGAGGAGUAUAAGAGCAAACACAGAACUGUUUUUCCAAGACUAUCAAGACGAUGACCGAUAUGUAGAAACUGCUGCUUAUCAGAAAGCGAAGACAGUUCUUGAGGAGAAACAAAUUGUCAUACUCACCGGUCACCCAGGCGAAGGCAAAACAACCAUGGCUGCUAGACUUGCGCUACACAUGAGUCAGUCUCGAAACUGCCUGAAGCUGGUCACACCAUCUGACUGGCGUAAGAUUGAUCUGUCUUUGAGACUGUUUGAUACAGUUAUAAUAGAUGACAUAUUUGGUGCAGGUGCGCUUGAUCAAAAGUUGGUAGGUGAUUGGAGACAAUACCUAACUGAUAUAGAAAGAGCAGCAAAGAAAAAGGCCGUGAGGGUAAUUAUAACAUCCAGACAUUACAUAUUUGAGGAAUCUAAGGAGGAACUGGGUUCUUUGCCAAUGUUCAAAGAUGAAAAUGAAACCGUUCUUCUGCUUACAUCCUCCGAACUUACACACGAUGAGAAAACUAACAUUCUUAAAAUGCAAGCAGAGAAAAAUGAGAAACAGCUUGAAGACUGCACUAUAUUUGAAUGUGUUGAAGCUUCAAGGGGGCCGACAGAAGACAUUAACGAUUUUUUGUUUGGCUUCCCCGAAUGUGCAUCUAUGUUUGUCAGAAAUGAAAACAUGUUGCGGAAAGGAGCAGCCUUUUUCAAGAAACCUGCAUCACACUACAAGAAAUAUUUAGAAGAUUUAUACAGAGGAAAAGAGAAGGAUAAAUUUUUGGCACUUGUUGCUGUAUGGGCCAAAGAAAAUAAACGAUUAUCGCGGGAUGAACUACGGACAAGGAAAACUGCUUCAGACCAUAUCAAACGAAUAGCAGAAAUAUUCGACCACGAUCUUGAUAAAGAAUUUCUCGAGACAAUGCGACUAUCACUUGAUACCCAUGUUGGAGGAUAUCUAGUUUUCAGUGAAGCGACAGGAGAAUAUGCAUUCAGUCACAAUGUCAUUGGGGACAUGGUCGGACUGGUCAUCGGGAAGAAGAAGCCAGAGGAAACCGUGGAAAUUUGUCCUAGAGAUUUUCUGAUGGAGUAUAUUUCCAUUUGUGAAGCCGCGCGAGAUGACUUUAAAGUAAGCUUAAAGGAGAGACAGUUUCAUUGCUUAGUAGAAAAAUGCAGUAAUAUGCUUUUACGUAAAAACUGCAAUAUCGUUGCAGAAACUCCAACAGUAGAUGAAUUUCAAACGCUACAAAGAACGGGACAAAGAAACAAUGACAUCAAAAUAAUAAACACGAUAGAUUUUGGUAUCAUUAAACAUAAGGCGUUUAGCUCAGAAAUGUUUGUGAAGGUGUUCAUUGACUACAUUGUUGACGAGGACCUCGUAAAUGAGGUUUUUUCUGUUCCGGUGAUGAGAAUGAAGGGGUAUUUCCUUGAUUACGGGAUAUCAAUGAAACAGCUUGAUAUGUGUCUGAUGGGGUAUGCAUGGUACAGUGGAGCAAUUGUAUUUGCGAAGGAAGUCAUCACUAGAGAGAUUGUUGGAGAGGAAAAUGUCGACCAUUCAGUCCCAUUACUUCUAGCCGCACACUCGAAACAGAAAGAGUCAGUUGAAUUCCUACUGAGCCAUGGGGCAAAGGUGACUGGAGAUGCUAUUUACAUUGCAAUGCAUAAGAGCAUAGAGCUUCUGAAUAUGUUCUUACAACACCCCGGAACUGACGUUAAUGACAGAGGAAAUGCGAUUAAUGGAAACUUUCCGUUGAUUGUAGCCGCGCGAAAAGGGCUGACUGAAGCUGUUAUAUGCAUGCUUACCUCGGGCGCUGACACUGGAGUACAAAACACUGCUAAAAUGACGGCUCUACAUAAGGCAAUAUUGUACAAACACGAAGAUGUCAUUGAAAUGUUAGUUGAGGCUGGUGCUCCACUCAAUAUCAAAGGAGGAAAGUUCAAAAGAACACCACUGCACUUAGCAGUGGAUUUAGAGAAUAUGGAACUGGUAAAGCUUUUACUUAGGAAGCAUGCUUCACUGACUGUAAAAGAUCAUAGAGGGCAUUAUCCAAUACACAUUGCUGCUAUUAGAGGUAACGUUGAAAUACUUCGUGAGCUAUACGCUGCUGACCGUACACAGGACAAACUACGUAUUUCAUCAUAUGGUACAAAAUCUGUCAUCAAAGGCAUGUCCUUGUUCCAUGUUGCAGUCUGGAAGAAAAAUGAAGAGCUCCUAAAUGCAUUGAUUGAUCUAAGAGCGGAUCCAAAUGUUCAAGAUUUCUAUGGUCAGACACCUUUGUUCUUCGCAAUAAUGAAGAAGCAAGAAGACUGCAUUAGAAAACUGUUAGAGUAUGAAAGAACUAAUAAGAGAAAACCGCAAAAGCAAGGUUUUACCCCUCUCCAUGCAGCAAUUCAUAAAAAUCUAGAUGAAAUUGCAAAACAGUUGGCAAGGUACUCUGAUGUAAAUGCAAGGGAUAAGUAUGGAAAAACCCCGCUCCAUGCUGCAUGUGAGAAGGCCAAGCUUGAGCUAAUACGAACUCUUCUCGUACAAUAUGGAGCAGACCCAAGAAUAAUCACAAAGAGAGGGGAUACAGUUUACCAUAUUCUAAGAAGAAGCAAGAAAAAACUGUCUGAAAAUGAAGUUGAUAAUUCACAACAGGCUGAGCAGUUGAUAAGUGAAUUUGAUCCAGAAUUCGCUAAACAGCUGCCAAACUUGAGGAAUAAAGCUGGUGUAGUUAUUAAAGUGAGAACAACACGACAACCGCCUGACAGUAUCAGAACACUGCUGAAUAUCAUUGCUCGGGCUGCGCCUAUAGACUACGAUUUCGGAGGAGAGGACUUUGAAUCAGUUCACGAUGACUAUGAUGAUGGUGACAUGUACGAUGACAAUGAUUUCCUGCAAGAUAUGUAUGAAGAUUACGAUGAUGGGUACGAACCUGAUGACUUUUACUAAAAUGGUUUAAUCGCAACAGGAAAUCGAAAAGCAGUGUUUUUUUUUUUUUUUUUUUUUUUUGUUUUUUUUUUUUUUUUUUUUUUUCUUUUUUUCUUUCUUUGUUUUUUUGUUGUUUUUUUAUUUUUUGUUAUAUUGACUUUAAAUUGAGUUGUGUAUUUAAUUAAAUGAUUUUGAGUUUAAUGUCAAUAUGAACACGAAGAAAAGAGCAAAUUGACAGACGAUGAUAUAUUUAUUUAGCUCACCAUUAUACGAUUUUCUAGUUCUGGCAAACUGAGCCAACCACUGAUAAUUGUACGAAAAUCAGUGAAAGUGUGACAAUUUAUGCAAAACGAUCAAUGUCAAUGUUUAUUUCUGUGGCAUCUUGUUUAGUAAGUUCUCAGCGAAUGUUUUUCUUGACUUUGACUUUUUACCUGUUUACAUUUGAUUUUUUAUCACUUGUUUCAAAUGUAUUAUAACGACGGAUGUAUUGUGUAAUUUAUGUUUGCUAUGUUGCAUUGCGUAUUUUCAAAACUACUUUAAGGUCCGCAUGCUUAGCUCAGUAGGGAGAGCGCAGUUCUACGGAUCGCGGGGUCGUGAGUUCGGUCCCCGGGCGGGGCGUAUGUUCUCUGUUACGAUUUGAUAAAAGACAUUGUGUCUUAAAUCAUUCGUCCUCCAUCUCUAUUCUAUGUGGGGAAGUUGGCAACUACUAGAGGAGAACAGGUAUGUACUGGUACAGCAUCCAGGAACACUGGUAAGGUUAACUGCCCGCUGUUACAUAACUAAAAUACUGUUGAAAAACGGCGUUAAACCAAAAACAAACAAAGAAACAAAACUACUUUAAAUAGCAAAUGAUUGAUCAAAGCUUACGUAUAUUGUGCCUGUUUAUAUUUCACUUGUAUGUAUGCACGUAUGUACGUAUAUUUCAGAAAUAAAUAAGUUUUACGCUAACUGA